AUGUCUUCUGCGACUACAUUCUUCGACUUUGAGCCUGCUGACAAGAAAGGCAGCGCCUACCCCCUAAACCAGUUGAAGGGCAAGGUUAUCCUCGUCGUCAACACCGCCUCGAAGUGCGGCUUCACGCCUCAAUUCCAGGGCCUCGAGACCCUCUACAAAUCCAUCAAGUCCAAGCGCCCCGAUGAUUUCGUCAUCCUCGGCUUCCCCUGCAACCAAUUUGGCAGCCAGGACCCCGGCUCCGAUGACCAGAUCCAGGAAUUCUGCCAGCUGAACUACGGCGUUACCUUCCCUGUCCUGGGCAAGACUGAGGUCAACGGUGACAAUGCGAACCCGCUCUGGACGUGGAUGAAGGAGAGCCAGCCCGGUCUGUUGGGAUUGAAGAGGAUCAAGUGGAACUUCGAGAAGUUCCUGAUUUCCGCGGAUGGCAAGGUUGUUGGCCGCUGGGCUAGUACGACUAAGCCCGAGGGUUUGGAGGGUAAGAUUUUGGAGGAGAUUGAGAAGGCUGAGAAGGCGGGACUCUUGGCUUCCAAGUCUGCAGAGGGCGAGACUGCCAAGUUGGCGUGA